AUGUCAAAUAGUUCAUUAUUAAUAUCAGUUACUAUGACGUCAGUUGACAUGGAUUCAAAUCUGUAUGCGUUUGUGGGGCUUUGCAUAGUCGAAUGUUACGAAAAGCCUCUUCACAGACGGCUUAUUCAAGUUUACCAAAAUGGAACAGGAGUACCACCAAACAGUUUUGUUUUGUUUUUCACAUAUCAAGAAGACCCUUUCUGUCAAGGAAACCUUUUAGCUUAUGCAUCAUCUUGUCAAAAUGAUCCUUCUACAGACAGGUUUUGA